UGUAUAGCCUCUUUUAAGGUGAAUGUUCCUGAAAGGUGUCUGGUGGCAAUCCGAGGUCGUCCAGCUGUACUGGGCUGUGAGUUCACACCUGAUUCUGACCUCUCUAGUCUGGUUGUUACCUGGCAACGUCAGGAGGACUCACAAGUCAUCCACAGUUUCUAUUAUCAACAGGACAAUUUGGACAGACAGAGUCCAGAAUACCACAAUCGGACCUCAUUGUAUAUUUCAGAGCUUGGUAAAGGAAAUGCCUCUCUAAGAAUAAAUCCAGUUGGACCAAAGGAUGCAGGCUGGUACCUGUGUCAAGUGAGCAAUGCUAAAGGGACAGGAAAGGCUCUGAUAGAGCUGGACUAUGGGGGGGUAUCCCUUUACUCAGAGCCUAGGCUCAACAUUCAUGUGAACUCCACUACUGUGACAGUGCAGUUUGAGACAGAGGGUUUCCCCAAACCUGAGGUGAUCUGGCUGGGGGAAAACAACCAGAACCUCAGCUAUCACCUGGAGAUCUACAACCAAACAGAAGAUGGACUUUAUUACAUAAAGAGCAGUUAUGAGGCCCAGAAGCCAGUGGUUAUUGUUACAUUUACACCAAAGAAUCACCUCCUGAACCAGAACCUGCAGACACUGGUGUUCCUCAGCUUUGAUGAGGAUGGAUAUGGAAGCAAUACAAUCAUUAUUCUCUCAAUACUGAUUGUCAUUCUUUUUGCUGUUGUGAUGUUUUUACUAUUAAGAAAACAAAUAAAGUCCUACCUAUGA